UCUUUUUUCUUUAUCUAACUACUUUUACUUUGACAAAUGACUACGGACGAUGUUCAAGCGCCCUUUGGUGUUGUCGACAUGGGCUCAAAUGGUAUUCGGUUUGGUAUUGUAAGUGAACUUGCACGUCAUUUACCUGUGUCCUAUGAAGAGCGUGCUCCGAUCGCUUUACUCGAUGCUCUUAGAGACGAUCGUUCCAUUCCGACCGAAGUCAUCGACCAAGUUAUUACCAGUUUCUUACGAUUCAAGAUCCUUUGUGAAGACGCUGGCGUGAAAGUUGAGAAUGUCCGUAUUAUCGCUACUGAAGCGACUCGUAUUGCCGCCAACUCAAAGGAGUUUCUAGAGCGAAUCUAUGAAGCGACCGGAUGGACAGUAACUCUCUUAACGAAACAACAAGAAGCAUUAAUCUCCGCCUCUGGCAUUGUCGGCUCGUUUAACCAUGUCAAUGGUUUGACUAUGGAUCUUGGUGGUGGUUCUGUGGAAGUGAGCUACGUCAUGACAUCCGUAUCCGACGAUGAGAAUUCUAACGAUAUCUUGAAAACCACUGAGUCACACAUUCGUGUAUCACCAAACCCUGUCUCUCUCCCUUACGGUGCCGCGGCUUUGAAAAAAAGACUAGCCAUUUGCGAUUCGGAUGAAAAAGUCGAAGAACUGUAUCAAGAAGUUGUUUCAGAGUUGAAAAAAGCCCAUGACGCAGCAAAGCUACCAAAGUCUUUAUAUCAUAAGGAUGGCUAUAAAGUGUAUAUGAGUGGAGGCGGGUUUCGUUCUCUUGGUUACUUGUCGAUGGACAUUAAAAUUCGAGAAAAACGUGAGCCUCAUAGACAAAUGUAUCCUAUCCCAAUCAUUAAUGGGUACUCAAUGACAUAUAAAAAGUUAAAGGAAUUGGCCGAAACAUUUCGAAAGAGGAACCCUCAAGAUCUAAUGAAAACGCUCAAGGUAUUUCGUAUCUCCAAGAGGAGAGCUGCUAUGAUUCCCGCUUCAUGUUUCCUUGUAUGUGCUAUUCUGGAAGUGUUUAAAGUAAGAAGAGUCUAUUUUAGUGAGGGAGGCGUUAGACAAGGUUUUUGCUAUCAGCUACUGUCGCCCGAAGAAAAGCAAAAAGAUCCACUUUUAGAAGGCGUGAAAGCAUAUGCCGCACAAUCAAGGUUCGCCUUGGAUCAAAAUAAAUUUGAAGCUAUCUAUUCUAUUUUAAACGACGCCCUUCCCAGUCUCUAUCUCGAAAGUUCUCAUCCUUUACAACUUUUCCGCUUACUUCCUGCCGCUAUUCAUCUCUCAAAUUUGACAUCACAUUACCCAAAAGAGACUAGAGCUUUUGUUGCUUUUCACAUGCCUCUUGCCAGUGGUCCUUUAGCCAACGUACCAGGACUAACUCAUCGAGAAAGAGCCAUUUUGGCUAUAAUAUUAGCUUUCCGUCAAGGUGGAUCCGUACCUGAUCCUAUCUUUUAUUCAGUCCAAGCUUUGGUUGGGCGGAAAGGAGUUUCUGUUUGUAAAUACAUUGGUAGAUUGCUGGAGCUGGUGUUUGCUGUCUCGCCCCUUAAUCCUGGUGUAGGUCUGAGAAAUAGUGACUUAUCAUUUCGCGUUGAAGACGAGUUUUUGAAUGUGGCAAACGAGGACGAGGAUAAUAGCUUGAGCAGCUGCGAGUCUGAAGACGAAUAUGGUGAUAAUGAAGUUGAAGAUGAAAAUGAUCAUGAUUUUCCUUCUAUGAAAUUGUGUAUUACUUUACCUCAAACCCACUCUCCUCUAAUCCACUCGCCUGCUGUCAUAUCUGUCAUAGAAAGUCUAGACAAGAAGGUUAAUACUAAAAAAUUUGACAUGGAUGAAUACCGUAAACCUUUAAAGUGUCCAAACUUGUUUGGUAUUACAAUCAAAGUUCUCAAUAAUGUCUUGUCUUGAAACAGCUUAAACCAGCACUUAUUGUCUGACGUUAUAAAUAAACACAAA